UUUCUGAGUCCCUCGCAAUGGCCGACAACGAUCCCGUAGCGCGCGCGCGCGCCAUUGCCGCGCGCCUGUCCGCCGUUGUGCCAGAGAUGAGUUCGCAUGGCAAGAGAAAGUGGGAGGGCGACCAUGGGAGCGGAUCAAUGGACAAGAAGCUCAAGAAAGUGUACAUUCCUGUGGAUAAGUACCCAGAGAUUAACUUUAUGGGUCUGCUUAUCGGACCCCGUGGAUCCAACCAAAAACGCAUGGAGACGCUGUCCGGAUCGAAAAUCCUCAUUCGGGGGCGGGGGUCGUCCAAGGAACCGUCCGGAGACGCCGACGAAAACGAAGAUCUGCACGUGCUUAUCACGGGCGACACGGACGAACAGAUUGCGCGCGCCCAGCGCGAAGUCGAAGAUAUUUUGUUCAACCCGGAGCAAGCGAUGAAGCUCAAGCAAGAACAGCUUCGCCAGGUGGCCGAAAACAACAAUAACCAAGACGGAGGCGGCGGCCAUUACGGCCCUGGCGCAGGAUACGGCGGCGCGCCAAGUCCGUACGGCGGCGGCGGUCCGAGCGGCUAUGGUGCCCCAAGUGGUGGGGGAUACGGAGAAGAGAACACGACGCUCAACAUCCCCGUUCCCAAGACGUUGGUCGGUUUGAUCAUCGGGAAAGGUGGGGAGACGAUCCGCGAACUCCAAGGCAAGAGCGGGUGCCACAUCCAAGUCGCCCGCGAAAACGAAGUGAAUCCGGAUCAGGUUGAGCGCACCGUCAUGUGCUCCGGAACCCCCGCGCAGCUGGAGAUGGCCAAGCAACUGAUCACGGAUCUCCUGGGCGACCGACUGCACGGCGGCGGCGGCCACGGUGGCGAAACCAUGAAGAUGCCUGUGCCCAACGACAAGGUCGGGUUGAUCAUCGGCCGACAAGGCACCACCGUCAAGGGCGUGCAGCAACGCUCCGGCGCGUCGAUUGUGAUCCCGCCCGCGGCCGACGUCGACAACCCCACAAUCCGAACGCUCAUGAUCUCGGGGUCUCACGAUGCGCGGGAAAAGGCGCGCCAGGAGAUCCAACUGCUCGUGAGCGACCAGCACUCGCUCGUGCCAGCGGGCGCGAAUGUCAUUUACAUGCAGAUCCCCAACGACCGGGUGGGGAUUGUGAUUGGACGAGGCGGGUCGACCGUGAAAGCGAUCCAGGACCGUAACAACGUCAAAGUGCAGAUCCCCAACGUGGUGGACCCAGGGUCGAUGCCGGAAGUGCGGACGAUUGCGAUUUCGUCCAACAACAUGGAGUCCAUUGCCAUGGCCAAGGCCGAGAUCGACGCCAUCCUCAUGGGGGAUGAUGGAGGCAGCGGUCGCAACUCGCGGUACUCCAACAUGAACCACAACUCCCAUUAUGGCGCUCAAGGCGGCCACUACGGUGGCGGCGGGUACGACCAGCACCAACAGCAACAGUAUCAUCAGCCAUACCAACAACAGCAGCAGUAUCAACAACAGCAGCAAUAUGCUCAGCCGUACCCGCAAUACACGUACGAGCAGUACCAAGCGUAUUACCAGCAAGCUGGCUUGUCCGGUGAGGCUGCGGCGGCGGCAGCGGCUAGUGUGGCAGUGGGGCCUGCCGCCGCGCCAGUUGCCCAAGUCGCGGCUGCGACCCCAGUUGCUGCGGUGACGCCCGCGGCUGCCACGACUACAACCACGACAGCUGCCACGACUACAAGCACGACGGCUGCCGCUGACCCGAACGACCCCAACGCGUACUGGAACGGAUACUAUGAAUAUGCGGCGUAUUACGGCGUGGACGCUGCCAAUGCUGCAUGGGGUGUGACUGCGGCGGCGACUGCGACUGACGCAACCACUCCUGGUACUGCCGCAGCGGCCGAUAGUUCUGCGACAAAGGACCCUUCGUCGGGGGCCCCUGCGCCAAGCUCAUAAACAAUCCAUCUGCCAACGUAUGUGGCUGGCUGGCUGGUUGGCUUGUUGAGUCGCCUGUUUAGAGUGUCGAUGGUGGCAUUGUAGGCUAAUAAUCGAAGGCAACCACUUCGACUGUGGUGUACAUACUCGCUGUCGUUGUGCCGCCAGCCUAGUCACUGUAUAUCGUACGAGUACAUCACACUGUAGAAGCAUCCUCCUCAUAGAUUGCGCUCGCAUUCUACGUGCUACAACGUAAUCCAGACAACAUGUUAUGGCAUGCUUACAAGGAACAUGGGAAGAACGGUAGCACAGCGAAGGCUCACUGACGAUAUCGCCGACACUUUUCAAGGCGUAGAGGACCUCUGUCUGCCUGUACCUUGACUGUGGACCUGAGGGAGUUGGAGUCACAACACGAACGAGGAGUGCCUUGUCCUUGGGGAUGUCUAAGUAACGAUCUCUCUACAGCCACAAGAACGUGAAAGUGUGUUUGCGUAGCAUGCACAUCAGCAUGGGAAUCAUGAUGCAGCUACUCG